AUGACGACGCCCUGUACGUGGGCGGGCCGCAGCUUGGUGCUGGCGUACGGCUUUCUGGGCUGCUCGGGCGCCAUCCUCUUCUUCAACCUGUUCCUGGAGCGCAUCAUCACGCUGCUAGCGUGCCUGCUCAAGGCUUUGCACGAGAGGGACCUGCGAAGGCGAGGGCUGCUCGACCGGAGAGACUCGCAGCUGUCUUUCGACGACCGGCUGGACGACUGGAAGCCCUCGGUGUACUGGGUGAUGCUGUGCCUGUUCGUGGCCACCGCACUGCUCUCAGCCUCAGCGUCGGUGCUUUACGCGCGCACCGAGCAGUGGGGAUACUUGGAGUCGUUCUACUUCUGCUUCGUCGCCUUCUCAACCAUCGGCUUCGGAGACCUGGUGCCCGGGCAGAAGCUCUCUUUCAGGGCGGACUCCGCGACUGCAAACGUCACUACCGAGGACGACGAUGACGUCUCCAGUGAGGCCGAGGCCACCGAUGCCUCUGGACUUCUGGAGCUGCAGGUGACGAGCUGGUACCACGUGGCAAACUUCCUCAUCUUAUCAGCGGGUUGCUGCUGUAUCUACAGCCUCUUCAACGUCACCUCCAUUGUCAUCAAGCAAUUUCUCAACUGGCUUAUCCGCAGGCUCGACUGCUCCUGCAGACUAAGGCGCAAGACGGGACAGAAACCAACCAGGUACCGACGCAACGCCUUGACACCCGCUCAACUUCGCGUGCAAGCCAAAGCCGCGGCCAGGAGCGGCGUCAAGUCGUCCCGGAGGUCGUCCGGAAAGACGGCUAAUGACACGACUGCGGCCGCGGACUCCGACUCGGACGCCGACUCAACGUACGACUCGGACAACGAGCGAGGCCACACUGGCGAGCUGAUUUGCAUGUCGGACCUGCUCAGGGCCAACAAGGUCUCCCUGGCCAUCAUGCAGAAGCAGCUGUACGAGACAGCGCAGCGGGGUGGCGCUCCCAUGCUGCUACCGCCCAGGUCGCUGCAGGACAGGGACGCAUUCAAGCCGGGCUCGGUCGGUCCCCUGGCCAUAGUGUCCCAAAAGUUUGGUGACGGAAACGUGUGA